GGGUAUAGCAUAAUGGGUAUACACUCAUGCCAGCUCAUUGCUCUGUAAUCUUUCCUUAUUCCAGCCUCUGGCUUUUGUUUUUGUAUCAGCACGGAAUAACCUCCGUCUCCAUCUCUCUCUCUCUCUCUCUCUCUCUCUCUCUGGUAUCUCUUGAAUCCAUGGCAACUGAGGCUCUGGUAACUGAUCAAACCGCUCAAGGGCAUGUUGAGGAAGUGAAAUUGACUGAUGAAGUUGCAAAAAUUGUUGAGAAAGACACUUCUCCUGAGUCUAAAGAUCUCAAAGAAAAAGAUGACGAAAAAACCAAAGUAGAUGAUUCAACCAGUGUAGAAGCAACUGCAAACAAAGUGGAGGAUGCAGUCAUGCCUGAAGAAACACAGGAAGAUAAGGUUGAGACUGAAAUGAAGGAGGUAGAAAAAGAAGAAUCAGAAAAUGCAAAAGAUGGAACCUCGAAACAAGAUGCUGAUUCUUUGAUUUCAGAUUCUAAAGAAGAAGCUGCAGUGGAGCCAGCAACUGAAGCUGCUGUCGAAGGUCUGAAGGAUCAAGUUGAAGUAGCUAAUAUAUCUGAACCUCCAAAACUAACAGUAGAAGAAGCAGCAGAUGUUUCUGGGGAAAAAUUAGUGCAAGAAAGAGUAUCUGAAACAGCCAAAGAGCCAGAAGCUUCUGAAGUAGCAGCUGAAGAAGUGAAUACUGCUCCAGAAGCAGCAGCUGAAGAAGUGAAUACUUCAGCGGAAGCAGCAGCUGAAGAAGUGAAUACUACUCCAGAAAUAGUUGCUGAAACAGUGAAUCCUACUCAAGAGAAAGCAGGUGAAGAAGUGAGUAAAACCGAAGAAGCUGAACCAGCAAAGGAGGAACUGCAAGUCACAGACUUACUUAGUGAGACUGUGAAGAAAUCCCUAGGAGAUUUUUUCUCAGUUAAGCUGGAGGAGAACAUAGAGUCUCCAAAGGAGGAACUGCCAGUUGCAGACCUGAGCAAACCUGAAGAAGUGUCUCAUCCAGAAGCUGUUGCAUCUAAAAUCGAGGAUGCAGUUGUUUCCGGAGCUCCAGUUAAGGAUCUUAAGGAAGAAGCGGAAAGAGCUGAUGCUACUGAAGUUGAUCAGAAUGCUUCGGGAAAUGCAGAAAAGAUUGUAUCUAUUGAUACCGAUCCUGUUGCUGAAUCCACUGAAACUGUUGUAAAGCCAGAAGACAAGGUUGAGCAGGAAAUGCAAGAAAGGACUGUUGAAGCUGAAGAGCCAAUUGCGAGUGACACAGUCAAAGCUGAUGCUGCUACUGAAGUCUCAUUGGAGGCUUCUGCCAUUGUUGAAGGUCCUCCACUCUCAUCUGAGGGAGAGAAGGCUUCUGAAAGUGUUGAAGACAGGAAGAACGAAAGUGUAGAAGGUGAAAAGCCUGCUUCAGUUGAAACCUCCAGAGAUAUCAAUGCAGAAGGUGAGAAAACUGAUGUUGAAGUUCCUCCACUCUCAUCUGAGGGAGAGAAGGCUUCUGAAAGUGUUGAAGACAGGAAGAACGAAAGUGUAGAAGGUGAAAAGCCUACUUCAGUUGAAACCUCCAGGGAUAUCAAUGCAGAAGGUGAGAAAACUGAAAAAGAUGCUGCUGAAGCUCCUAAAGAAGAGGUUGCCAUUAAAUCAUCUCAACGCCAGUCAAACAACAUAUUUUCAAAGGUGAAGCAGUCGAUGGUGAAGGUAAAGAAGGCAAUCAUAGGGAAGUCACCGAGUUCAAAGACAAUAUCAGCAGAGGGUAAAGAUGAGAUAAAGGUGAAGUAGUGUGCGAAAGAGCUGGAGUAUGAAGGGAUUUUUCAGUAGGUUUUCGUAUCGUAUGUAUGUGGCUGUUUGUGCAUGUUUUGCUGUAAAGAUCGCUUAUCUUGAAUGCUGAAUCCUGCCUGAUCAAGAUUCUACAAGAGGGUUUCUGAUGCAGAGGUGAUAUCACAUGAAGCAAAUGACUACAGAAGGCUCGCAUAUUUGUUUUAUAGUUUUUGAGUGCAUCUUCGUUCUUUUCUGAUAUCGGGUGGUUGUAUUGGAUUUGUUAUGUUUGUUGUUUGUUUCAUUAUUUAUAGGUAUUUGUGAAGACAUUCUUUUGUUGGUAAUCUUACAUUUUGAACGUAUUGUAUAUUGUAAGUUAAAAGUUUGUCUAUUGAGCUUUUGGACGUUCACGAUGUACUUUCAUCCCAUCUGAAAUUCAUUCCAUGAUAA